UAAGGUCUACAAAUAGCUGCUAGCAUAAUAUAUGGCGCCUACUGCUCUUCCUUAACUUUGGAAAAAAAGAACUAGUAAGUAAUAUCCUAAAUAUAAUUGAAAAGUUAAUAUUCAUUAUUAACGAAUGAAUGUUGCCUGUAUCCGUCCAAAAUACCCAACAGUACAACUAUAUUUUACAUAAGAAAAUUUUACAUAAUUGCGGAAUUCUUAGUUGUAUUUAUAUUAUUAUAACUUUCUCAAAACUCUCACUAAUUGUCUCAGAUUCUCAGAUUCUCUCACUAACUUUCUCACUAUCUUCCCCACUAUCUCACUAAACUUUCGCGUCCUUCGCUAACAAAGCUCACUACUCCACACUAACUCUUCACGUCUACCUCACUACUCCACCUUCAAUGAACGAUGAGCUACAUAUUCAGAUUAAUGAUUACGACACUUACCAAUGUCCUCCUACACCCCUAGACCACUUGUACCAUAAAGUAUCUCAAGUACCCAUCAUAAGAAUUUAUGGUUCAUUAUCAGUACCGAGUACCACCUCAUCCUCUACCAAGCGUCUGAGUCUUCAUCGUGACUCCUUCAAUGUACUCCUCCAUGUUCAUAAUUAUUACCCCUACAUAUACGUUGACUGUCAUGAUACCAAUUACUCCAAAUUGCUGCUGACUCAGUAUCUUGACGAAGUAGCGCAGUACCUUGAGAAUAGUUUGCGGGAAUCAUUUCGUAGAGCUAAAGGUAAAGGUAAAGAUAGAGAUAAUGAUGAUAUUGAUGAUAUUGAUGAUAAUUAUCCUGAUGAUGCUGAUGAAAUUACUGAUAAAAUGUCUACUUCCACUCGUCGGUUUAUUGCUAAAGUACUGAUUGUUAAGGGAACUCCUAUCUAUGGAUUCCAACUCGGUUAUCGAAUAUUCUACAAGAUUUCCCUUCUCUCUCCAAAAUAUAAGACUCGCCUAAAUAAACUUAUUUAUGAUAAAGUAGUAGACUUUAAUAAGUUCUUAAAUGGCAAGUCAAAGAAACAGCAUUUAAUCUAUGAAGGUCAUAUCCCCUUUCUACUUCAGUUCUUAACAGACUUUAACUUAUUUGGUUGUGGUUGGUUAUAUGUAAAUAAUACCCCUGGAUUAUAUUUCCGAGAUCCUAUCCUCUUGGCCUUGAAUAAGCGUCAUUAUACCCUGAGCCAAAUAUCCAAUCUUGUCCGAUAUCUUACACCUUUUAUUCAUCCUUAUAAUGUUUUACUUCAUGAACGAAUGGGUAAAUCUAUAAUGGAAAUAGAUAUCACUACACAAAUCAUUGGUAAUCGUCAUUCAAUUAAAGUAAGAGAUCUACAUUCUACUUUUCAUGAAUUAAUUACUUUUAAUCAUCAUAUAAAGUCACUUGAAUCGACUCUGGGAGGUUACAAAUUCGAUGAAUUCGGUAAUCCUCGAAUCUACUUAUCAUCAUUAAAACAUGUCUAUGAUGAUCUACGAUAUCAGUAUAAUUUACGGAAUCCUAAUAGUUCAACUGAUUCAUCAUUUUGGUCAGAUACUCAGAAGCGUACAGAUAAGAUUGAUAAUUUUUAUUUGGGAAUGGGAUCAACUGAUUGGUCUAAUCAACUGGAAUUGAUGGAAUUGCUUAAGUAUAUUGUUAAACUUAAUGGAUCCACCAAUAUAACGCCUGAAUUAUAUGGUAAGAGACAUUUUAUACAUCAACCGUCUAUUGUCGAUCAUAUUAGUAAAGAUAAUGUAGUGACUAUAGAUCAAAUCAGAACGACAUUUGAUGAGAUAGACUAUGAAAUAUCUCAGGGAACUGGGCAUAAAUUACUACUCAAUGACGAUUUACGAGCCUGGACUUCUGAUGAGUAUUCCAAGUUAUUUCUUAAUAAAGAUGAAGAGGAGAAUGGAAAUGGAAAUGGAGAUGGAAAUAUCCAUGGUUCAUUAGAAUUGAGUGGUAAUACCGUUGACCCUGGUAAGGCUGCUGACCUACAGGAAAUCAAUAACGACAUUUCAUCUCUGGACCCAUUCAGCUCUGACGAUGAAUUGGAUUUUGUGGUUCCACAGGAAGAGGCUGAAGAGUCUGAAGAGCCUCAGGUCAAUGCGACUCAGCUAAAGGAAGUCGAUGAAGAGAUCCUCAUGGCAUUAACCCAGAAACGGAACACUCGACGAUCCCAAUCCCAAGUGACCAAUGUGUCUUUCCUGUUCAAUGAAAUCACCUCUAUCAGUACCUCCACCACAUCACAGUCUCCCAGUAUGCUUAGGAUGUUAGCAGGCCGGUCAUACUUUGAAGUGCCUGUUCCAGACGAGUUACAGCCGUCCCGAAUUGACGAGACAUUUGAUGAGUUGGGUUUACCCAAAAUCAACUAUAAGGAUCCGUUCUACGACAACGAAGCCGAUAUGCCGCUGCGGCCAUUGAUCUUUGCGAAUAAGAAGAUUGUAGUGCCACUAGUUACUGAAGACACAGUGCCAACCAUGGCCAUAUCUCAGUAUAUCAGAGACCAGCUAGAUUCUGAACCACAACGGGAAUCAGUAUCAGAAUCAUCAACCAGUGUAUGGGAAUAUGUCGUACCUCCACCCUCCAAAGCACAUGUAAAGGAUUGGCUAGCACAUAGUCGAGCCCAAACCAAAGCCAAAAGCAUUAAGUUCCGAUCGCAAAUCGAACUCAAAUCAGAAUCGGAGGACUACAAGUUCUCGUACAAUUCCGAGAAAGUCGAACGUGAUGAUGAUGGAUUUAAUAAAUUGACUAACUUAUUAGUCGAAGUACACGUGAAUACUGCCACUGACAAAUUCCCUAACCCUCAAACUAAUCCAGUAACUCUUGUGAUGUAUACGUUUGAUGAUGCCAAUGAGAUGUUGCGUCAUUGUGAAUUGAAAUCUGGGAUUCUCAUAGUGGGACUGGGCCUGGGACUGGCACUGACUCUGACUCUGACUCUGGUUGAAUGGCUUAAACUUGCACAACAAUUAGAUAUCCAUUCACAUAUAGAAGUGUUUGAUGAUGAGAAAUCGAUGGUGUCCCGAUUAGUACAACUUGUAGAGAUCCUUGAUCCGGAUAUCUUGUCGGGAUAUGAAGUCAAUGCCUCAUCAUGGGGGUAUUUGAUUGAGAGAUUUCGAACUGUUUAUGAUAUUAAUUUGUUAGUCCUGUUGAGUCGAGGUAAACAUCAAAGUAAUGGUAAAUUUGGUGAUCGAUGGGGGUAUACUCAUACGUCUAACAUAAAGAUUAGUGGUAGACAUACUAUGAAUGUAUGGAGAACUCUUCGUCAUGAGAUGAGUCUUACCAAUUAUUCGUUAGAGAAUGUAUCCUAUCAUCUCCUUCAUCAAUCGUUAGCUCGAUACCUGAAUUUACAGUUAUCUAAUUGGCUUACAAGUCCUCGAUGGGCUCCUAAAUUACAAGUGUUACAUUACUAUUCUCGACGAAUAAGUUUAACUUUAAAGAUCAUAGAUGUACUUGAAGUUAUAACUCGAAAUGUCGAACAUUCUCGAUUAAUUGGAAUAGAUUUUAAUUCCAAUUUCUAUAGAGGAUCGCAAUUUAAGAUUGAAUCAAUUCUUUGUCGAAUUACUAAACUGGAGAAUCUUUUACUUAACUCUCCAUCUAAACAACAAGUUCAUGAAAUGAGACCUAUUGAAUGUAUUCCACUUAUUAUGGAACCUGAAUCGAAUUUCUAUAAAUCUCCUAUGGUAGUACUUGAUUUCCAAUCACUUUAUCCAUCGAUUAUGAUAGCUUAUAAUUAUUGUUUUUCAACAUUAAUUGGUAAAUUACAUAAUUUUAAACCUUCAAAGAAUAAUAUUGGAUACCUAAAGAAUUUAAAUCUUUCACCUGGUCUAGUAGAUUUACUUAUAAAGCAACAAGGUAUAACUUUAUCACCUAAUGGAUUUAUGUUUGUUAAGAGUAAUGUUCGUAAAUCCAUAUUAGCUAAGAUGUUAGAAGAAAUAUUAAGUAGUAGAGUUAUGGUUAAAACAAUUAUGAAAGAAUUUAAGGAUGAUGCUGAACUUACAAGAUUAUAUAAUGCUCGACAAUUAGCAUUAAAACUUAUAGCUAAUGUAACUUAUGGAUAUACUUCUGCCACAUUUAGUGGAAGAAUGCCUAAUCCUGAUGUAUCUGAUGCUAUAGUAUCUACCGGUAGAGAGAUCUUAACCAAAUCAAUUGAAUUAAUUGAAAAUAAUGAUUUUGGAGCUAAAGUUGUUUAUGGAGAUACAGAUUCAUUAUUUGUAUAUUUCCCCGGGAAAUCUAAAGCUGAAGCAUUUUCAAUUGGAAGAAAGAUUGCUGAAUUUAUUACUGAAAGUUUCCCUGAUCCCAUAAAGUUAAAGUUUGAAAAAGUUUAUCAUCCAUGUAUAUUAUUAACUAAGAAACGAUAUGUAGGAUAUAUGUAUGAAGAUGAAGAUCAAAUCAUACCUAAAUUUGAUGCUAAAGGUAUAGAAACAGUUAGAAGAGAUGGAAUCCCUGCUCAACUGAAGAUAGUAGAGAAAUCUCUCCGAAUCUUAUUUGAUACAAAGAAUUUAUCUCAAGUGAAACUGUACGUUAUGACUCAAUUUCAAAAGAUAAUUCUGAAUAAGAUUUCAAUUAAUGAUUUCUGUUUUGCCAAGGAAGUUCGAUAUGGAACUUAUAAAAAUGAGAAAUAUUUACCUCCCGGAGCCAUUGUAGCUGCUAGAAAAGUUGAACAAGAUCCUCGUCAAGAACCUCAGUAUCGUGAACGAAUACCAUAUGUCGUGAUUCAGGACUCUUCUAAGCCUCGAAUCAAGGAUCGGUGUAUGUCUCCUGAAGACUUUAUGGCCACGUACUCAACGACACAGCCAUUAAGUCUUGAUUAUGAAUAUUAUAUAACUCGAGUAUUGAUUCCACCACUAGAACGAAUCUUUAACUUGAUAGGAGUAGAUGUUAAAGGGUGGUAUAGACAAUUACCUCGAGGAAGUAGAAUUGGUGGUGGUGGUGGUGGUGGUACUAGUACUAGUAAACGUGAACCAUCCAUGACUCCAGAGAUGGCUAUGGAACUUAAGUGGAAUGAGAUCAAUCGAGUGAAUCUCCAGAGUGUAUGUCAGCAAUGUGUGAGUCGAAACUUUGGAGUUAGUGGACUCACCAUGGUGCAUGAGUCUACUAAUCAUUGUAUCAAUAACAAUUGUCAAGUAUACUACAAUAAGUUCAAGCGGACCGUAGAAUUCGACUGGUGAUAUAUACAUUGACUAUGGACGAUGGACUAUUGACUAUGGACUAUUGACUAUGGACUAUGGACUAUUGACUAUUGACUAUUGACUAUUGACUAUGGACUAUUGACUAUUGACUAU